AUGAACACUGCUGGUCACGGUUCUGCCAACCUGGGCCAGGACGCUACCAUGGUACAGAGUAACGGAGCUGGGUAUUCCAGCGACCACUGGGCGAGCAUCAGUCCGUAUAGCCAGAGCCCUUAUGGAAACAGUCCUCUGAAUGAAUAUGGCGCCACCUUUGGCGGAUUUAUAUCUCACGGGUUGCCAUCAGAAUCACUCAACAGGAUGCCUCCGCCCAUUCAACCGUCCAUUCCUCCGCCCUCGACCCAUCAACUAAUCCAGCCUGCGCCGCUAAUGGGGAGCUACUCUGCACCUCCGUUGUCCAUCGCGCCGGCGUCCAGCCUGCCCCCAGUUGACCCGUCGCCGAGGCCCCCUGUGCACCAUGAGAAAGCAAGAAAGACUUUGAGCGCAGAGCAGAAACGGGCCAUGUGCCAGUAUCACGAGGACAACCCGGGCACAAGGCAGGCAGACAUCGGCGCAAAAUUUGGUGUUGAAAGAAGCACUGUAUCCAAGGUGUUGAGGCACAAGGAUCAGUACCUUAAGCAAGAUCCGGAGCCAGAUAGCUCAGCACUUAAGCGUUUGAAGGGGAAGCAUCCAGAUUUUGAUCGAACGCUCAGUAACUAUGUCCGUCGACAACAACAACGAGGAUUUGAAGUCAAAGAUGAGGAGAUAAUCGAACAAGCAAGGCUCUUUGCUCGAGCUAGCGGCAGCCAAGACAGAGGGCUGACUAACAUUAACAGCAACUGGCUUCUCAAAUUCAAGCAAAAGCACGCUAUUCCCCGUUUCACAGGAGAUAAAACAAAUCCUACCGUCUCUCCUGUUUCUCCAACUCAACAACUCUCCCCUUUGUCUGCCAGCCGCAGCGACGAGGACUUGCAAGCUGAAGCCCAUGAUUUCAGUUUUCGAUACGGACAUGCUGGGUCACACUCCUCUACAUCGUUGGCCAGUGAUUUGAGGGACCCAAGUGUUUCGUUUCCCGGUGAUACGAUAAGCCCAACAGCGCCCUUUCACUUCUCACCUGACCCCAACAUUGGAGCGUUUCAAAAUAGUUUACACAUACAACCGGCCGCCCCUGAUUUUCAACAACAUCGCGGAAAGAGAAGCAACACAUUCCCUUCUCUUAACAUCGAUUGUGUGAACCAGGAUAUAAGUGCGGGUCCACUCACCCCUCGACACCCAUCUGCCGUCACGUCAGCUUCAACACUUGAAUCACCAACAAAUGACAUCCGAAACACUCCCUUCACGCUUGAUUCAACAGUAUCAUCGCCGCCGGCUUUACGCCGCAGCAGCAGCAAUUCGAGUAUUGCUGCGCGGUCAAACAACCCUUCCACAAACACUAGCUCUGUAUCCUCGACUACUGCUGACUCUUCGCCAACAUCUCCGACCCCUGAGGAUGCUAGACGUGCCGCGGAAACGCUGCUAAACUACCUGCACAGCAUGACACCAAAUGGGCCAUUUGACAAAAGCGACUACGCCACCAUUGUUCAACUUACAAAGAAGCUACAAUUACAUCAACACCAAACUACUCGUCCUUCUAUAGGAGGGCUAUCGAGGAUCCCCGAAGGUGAUGACGGGGAAAUUCAGUCGUUAACUGAGACAUCGAUGGUGGAGAUAUGA